AUGGCGUCAUUGGACAACACCAGCUGGAGUGUGCCAGGUCUGUUAGUUGGACUGCUGCUGGCCUUGAAUUCGGGUGUACUUGAAGUUCACGGACUGGAGGUGUCGACGGGAAAAGUGUCAUCGACGGACGCGAUGAACGGCUCCACGGUGCUGAUCCCCUGCACGUAUUCCUCGUGCAUCGGCAUCCACAAGCUUUACUUCAGCUGGCAUUUCAACGACAACGGCACAAUGACCAAGUUAUGCGACGGCGUGGUUCCGAGCGAGGGCGUGGAGCCCAAGGUCAAAGUGGAACGCAGCCGAGUGGAAUUUGUGGGCUCUUCGAAGGGCCACAACAUCUCCAUCCUGCUGUGGAACAUCACCUUUGAAGACGGCGGGGAGUACACCUGCUUCGCCAGAAACCCCAAAGAGAAGUACCGCAACCACAGCGCGACCUUCACUCUCAGAGUGGUGGAUAAAAUGAUCGAGGUGGACAACACAUUAACCGUCGUCAUCGUCUCGGUGUUGGGCGGAGUCAUCGGUUUGGUUAUCAUUGUCAUGGUCAUAAAGGCCUUGGUGGUCCAAUUCCUGCUGAAGGAUGAUGAGAAGAAUAAAGAGUGCCUGGUUAACGCCUCAGGGAACGACAACACCGAAAACGGACUCACGGGAGCCAAAGCCGAAAGCAAAGGAACACCAAAGGCAUGA